AUGAUCAGAAAAAACUACGCUUCACUGACUGAGUUCAUCCUGCUGGGAUUAGCAGACACCCUGGAACUUCGGAUCAUGCUCUUUUUGCUAUUUUUCGUGAUUUACACUCUUACUCUUUUGGGGAAUGUGGAGAUGAUCCUGCUGAUCAGGCUGGUCCGACUUCACACCCCCAUGUGUUUCUUCCUGGCCAAUAUGUCCUUUGUGGAUGUUUGCUACUCAUCCACCAUCACCCCAAAGAUGCUGGUAGAUUUAUUGUCUGAGAAGAAAAACAUCUCCUUUGCUGGAUGCUUCCUGCAGGUAUAUUUCUUUGUCGCCCUGGCAACAACUGAAUGCAUCCUCUUUGGGUUAAUGCCCUAUGACCAUUAUGUGGCCAUAUGUAAUACACUUCUAUACUCUUUAAUCAUGUCUAGGACAGUUUGCCUUAAAAUGGCAGCUGGGGCUUUUAGAGCAGGACUGCCGAACUCCAUGGUUAACACAAGUUAUAUAAACAGGUUACCAUUCUGUGGCUCCAAUAUCGUCCAUCACUUCUUCUGUGACAAGCCCCCUCUGUUUAAGCUCUCUUGUGCCGACACACGCCUGCAUGAGAGCAUUCUUUCCAAUUCUGCUGGUGUGAACAUGGUGGGAAGUCUGCUGGUCCACCUCACACCCUCCGCCUACAUUCUCUUCUCCGUCUUUCGAAUGCAUUCAGAGGGGAGGCGCAGAGCAUUCUCAACCUCUGCCUCCCACUUGACCGCUGUAACUCUGUUCUAUGCAACCUCCAUCUAUACUUAUCUGAGACCCACAUGUAGCUACUCCAUGAAUCGGGAUGAAGUGGCUUCUGUGUUCUACACGGUGGUGAUGCCCAUGCCGAAUCCUCUGAUCUACAGCCUCAGGGAUAAGGAGGUAAAGAAGGCUCUGUGGAAUGUAUACCAAAAAAAAAAAAAAAAAGGAUCUUUUCAUUUCUGUGAUUACCUGAUCAAUUUUCUGAAAUAA